UUGUAUUUCUAUAAUUCGUACUCAUUUAUGUGUUUGCGUUGCUAGGACAACUAGGGUUCAGUAAUAAAUAAUUGUAUUUUAAGAGGACAACUUUCGAGUGCAAAAUAAAUAAAUGAAUUGCACAUUUAAAGUAGAAUACAAACAUUAGUUAAGUGAAGUAUUUGCCGAAUGUAAAAGUAAAACUAUACACACGCAAAGUAACACGCAUGAAGAUUUUCAUCUUCAUUGAUGUGGGUAUAACAAUCUGUGUGAGCAGCAAAGCACUGAAGUCUCCGAGCUCCAGUACGGGCCCUGAAGUAUCUGAAACUUGGUCAACAAGAGAGUGAAGCAGCUCCGGCUCAAGACCUCAGAUCUACCGGGACUUUACUCUUGUUUUCUCGACUCUGUACCGCGGAUCUUCCGUCCACAGCUUUAUAACUCGAGUGGAGAUGCCGCUCCUCCACAGGAAAGCCUUCAUCAGACAGAAACCUCCGGAGGACCUGAAGCCCGAGGAGGAGGUAUUCCUCUGCAAGAUCACCCAUGAGAUCUUCAGGGGAUACGAUGAGUUCUUUGAGCGCACCAUCCUGUGCAACAGCCUGGUGUGGAGCUGUGCUCUGACGGGCCGGGCCGGCCUCACCUACCUGGAGGCGGUAGAGAGUGAGCGCCGGGCGAGGCUGAGUCUGCAGAGCUUCUCCCCGGUGCUGCUGGUCCCUCUGCUGCACCUGGCCGCUGAGAGCCACCACUUCCGGCUGACGGAGCUCUGCGAGGACGUCCACGCCUUCGUCAAGGAACGCUACUUCCCCGGGGAGACCGUGGACGUCACGGUCCGCAAUGGAACCAGACAUGUGUGUGAGGUCCUGCAGGUUAGCUCUCCUCACUCGAUCGCUAACGGAGCGCCAGCCGCUAACGGUCACGCCAAACCAGCCGGCGGCGACUCCAUCGUGAUCAGCGACAGCGACGAGGAGAGCGGCGCCUUCCAGAGUCCCAGCCGCAAGCUCAACGGGAAGAAGCAGCCUCUGAAUCCGUCGGUGUUUAAAUACACGGUGAGGAUGUUAAAGGACCAACACAGCCAACCCUUCACUGUGAAAGCCAAUCAGAUCAGUCGCAGGAAGAGCAGCGUGUCCAAAGAGAAGUUGAAGCUGCUGUUCAAACAACACUGUGAGCCAAUCAAUGGCACCAUCGCACUCAAGCCCUCCACAGUGCUGAAGUACCGGCUCUCUGAACAGAGUUUCUCUCAGUUCUUCCCUGACGACCCCCCCACGUUCCCCUUCAGCCCUAAAGCUGCAGCCCGGGGGUCACCUGCACAGAAGGGCGCUGCGCUGCUGAAGGCGGCGGAGAAGCUGCAGCUGCUGCAACAGAGGGAGGAGAUGGCGUCUGCCGCUCAGGACAAAAACAGACUGCAGGAGGCCAAGAGGAGAGAGAGGGAGGACAAAGAGAGGAUGAAGGAGGACCAGAGGAGGAAGUUUGAGGAGGAGAAACUGAAGAGGAGGGAGGAGAAGGAGCAAAGGAAGCUGGAGAAGGACAGGGAACGAGAAAAGCUGAAGGAGGAGAAAAAGAAAUACGCUGAACAUCUGAAACUCUGGAGCAAACCCAGAGAGGACAUGGAGUGUGAGGACCUGAAGGAUCUCCCCCUCCCAGUUCCGGUGAGAACCCGUCUCCCAGCCAAUCUGUUUGGAGAGGCUCUGCUGGUUCUGGAGUUCCUGCGGGCCUUCGGGGAGAUCUUUGGCCUGAAGGACGAGUUCGCAGACGGAGUCUCUCUGGAGGUUCUAGAGGAGGCUCUGGUGGGUUCGGAUCCGGAGGGUCCUCUGUGUGAGCUGCUCUUCUUCUUCCUGUCGGCCAUCUUUCAGGCUCUAGACGAAGAGCAGGAGGACCUGGCUAAAGACCAGGCCGAAGACCUCACGGAGGCUCUGGACGACGACUCUGACGUGACGCAGUCUGCCCUGAGCGCUGUCGCCUCAUUGGCUGGCUGCUGGCCCCAGCUGCACCAGGGCUGCAGCCUGAAGCAGCUGGACCUGGACAGCUGCACGCUCUCUGAGAUCCUGCGGCUGCACAUCCUGGCGUCCGGCGCUGACGGUUCCCACAGUAACGCCAAAUUCCGCUACCAGAAGCAGGGCGGCUUCACACUGAUGGACGACCCGUGUGUCGAGCUACGAUUGGCUGAGCCGGCGCUAAUGAAGAGGCUGACCAGCUGCUCUGUGUACGACCUAACGCCAGGGGAGAAGCUGCGGGUCCUGCAGGCUCUGGUGGGGAAGCUGCUGACGCUGGCCUCCUGCAGAGAUGUGAUCGAAGAUUGUGUGGAGGAGCAGAGAUCAGCCAGGCAGGAGCUGAGGGAGAUCAGAGCCGAGCAGCACCGCCGAGACCGGGAGGAGGCCGCGUACAAGGUCCGUCAGCGUAAGGAGGAGAAGCUGAAGGAGCAGGAGCAGAGGCUGAAGGAGAGGGAGGACAGACUGAAGGAGCAGGAGGUGAAGGGAGGAAACAGUGGCACGCCUGAGGAAAAGCACACAGAGGAAGAGGAGGAGCAAAACUCUUCAUCCAACAAGACCACAGCUGAAGGGAACCAGGACAAACGGACGACCUCUGACCCCAAACCGGCGUCCUGCCCCCCCAGCAGCCUGACAGCAGAGGAGCAGGAGGAGGAGCAGGAGAAGGUCCAGAAGCUGCAGCAGAGGAUCCAGAGGGCGGCGGCCUGCACCUCCCUGCAGCCUUUGGGCCGGGACCGGCUGUACCGGCGAUACUGGCUGCUGCCCUCCGCCUGCACUCUGUUCGUGGAGGAGGACGGCUUCGGCCUGACGGAGGACAUGCUGCUACCCAGACCCAAACCUGCUGAGGAUGACCAGACCAAGGUGGAGGAAGUGAAGGAAGAGCCGGCAGAGGGAAGUGUUGGCUCUAACCCCGCCCCCCUCCUCACCUGUGGACUGCCCGUCAAACGGCCGAACCAGUGGGCCUUCUACACCUGUGUGGAGGAGGUGGAUCAGCUGAUCGAGGCUCUGAACCCCCGCGGCCACAGAGAGAGCGGCCUGAAGGAGGCGCUGCUGCAGGAGAGAGAGAGACUCACACACCUGCUGCAGAGCUGUGACCGCACCCAGUACUGCUACACAGAUGACCCCGAGUUGUCCCGGUCCAUCCCAGAAUGCACUGCUGCAGCUGAGACUCUGAUGGAGGGCAGGCUGAGAGACCUGCUGUUGGACAUCGAGGACAGAAUACACCAAGGAACUCUGGGAACUCUUAAGGUGAUGGACAGACAGGUGUGGCGCUCAGCUCUGGAGGCGGGAAAGUACGAGCUGCUGUCACCUGACGACAGAGAGAGCGGGGGGCUGGGGCCUAUGGAGGUGAACUCACCUGCACAUCUGAGAGCCAAAGACAGGCUGAGGUGUGAGGCGGUGGGGGGGGGCAGUGGGACCCCUCAGCUGGUCAGCAGCUCGGUGAGGCUCCUGUCUCAGGCUCUGUCUCACAUCGAGCUUGGCAUCGAGAGACGCUUCCUCAAAGUUCCGCUGGGUGAGGAAGACUCAAAGAAGGAUCAGAAGACGAAGAAGAACAAGAAAAAAGACGAGGACCAGGCCAGUGACGAUGGCAGUGACAGCGGGCGGGUCAGUAGGACGGUGUUGGAGCGAUGGAGGGAGUCCCUGCAGUCCUGCUCCAGUCUGUCUCAGGUGUUCGUGCACCUGUCCUCUCUGGAACGCAGCGUCCUCUGGUCCCGCUCCGUCCUCAACGCUCGCUGCCGCAUCUGCCGCCGCAAAGGAGACGCCGACAACAUGCUGCUGUGUGACGGCUGCGACCGCGGACACCACACACACUGCCUGAGACCCAAACUGAAGUCGGUUCCAGGAGGAGACUGGUUCUGUCCGGACUGUCGACCCAAACAAAGAACCAGCCGCCUGCCGUCCCGUCAGCGCUCCUCUAUCGACGAGGAGGAGGAAGAGGGAGAAGAUGAAGCGGAGGAGGAGGAGGAGUCCGAAGAGGAAGAGGAGGAGUCGGAAGAAGAGGAGGAGUCAGAGGAGGAGGAAGAAGUCGUAGUGAGCAAGAAGAUUCAGGCCCCGCCCCCGAGAGGGAGGGGCCAACAGGCCACGCCCAAAAACAGCUCCUCCUCAGCAGCGAAAAACUCCUCCGCCUCCAAGUCCUCAGGAAAGAAGGCCACGCCCCCCAAGGGGAAGGCCAACACCUCUGCAGGUAAAGCCCCGCCCCGCUCAGGGUGUCGCAGCAGCGCCCGUCUGAGCCACGAGGUCCUCGCUCCCAACGGAACCAAAGCCUCACCUGCUCAACGGGAGGCCCGCAAGAGACCAGCCACAGAUGCUUCUCCUCCCAAACCCUCCCGCCCUGUCCUCCCCCCCGCCUCCACCUCCACUUCCUCCCGCCGAUCUUCCGGCAGGAAUCACGGCGUCCACGAGCUGUCGGCCUGCGAGCAGCUGGUGGUGGAGCUGGUGAGACAUGAGGACAGCUGGCCCUUCAUCAAGCUGGUGUCCAGGACCCAGGUACCUGACUACUAUGACAUUGUGAAAUCACCAAUUGCUCUCAGCACCAUCAGAGAGAAAGUCAACACCUGUGAAUACCAGAGAGCAGGUGAGUUUGUGUCGGACGUGGAGCUGAUGUUCUCUAACUGCCUGCAGUAUAACCCUCGGCACACUAACGAGGCGAAGGCGGGAUCUCGUCUGCAGCUCUUCUUCCACGCCGAGCUCAGCCGGCUCGGCCUAUCAGAGCGCAGCACCACCCCCCCCGCCAAGCGCUCCCGACAGUGAACCAAACCUCUGACCUCACCGUCCUCUCUGCAGAUUGGUCCUCCUGACCCCCUCUGAACCAGCUGACAAUCAAACCAGAUGAGUGGGCGGGGCUUCUCCAGUCAGAGGGGUACCUGUCACUCUAAUAAAGUUCAAAUUCAAUUCUCAAACACAUUCAGGGUCAAAUUUAAAAACCACGAAAAUGUACUACUAAAAUCUGGAAAUGAUUUCUGAGAAGAGAAUGUUUUACAACAGACUUUAAAGACUUUGUGGCUCUGUGAAGGACUCGUUCAAUUAAAACGUUUACUCUACAGAUUUCUGGGGGGUCUAAUGGACCCCCCCUUCCUGAGUCCGUUCACCUGUAGAGCACUGAGCGUUUAGACUGCUGUGUUUAUCAAUGGACCCUGCUGCAGGUGAACCACUGACCGGAGAACCCUCUCUCCUUGAAACACCCCUUUAAUGAGAGGCUGAGCUUGGUUUGAUGAAGCUCAGCUGAGAGUCCUGUCACCUCAGACUGUUGACUCCUCUCACCUGACCCGGACCCUCACUGUUGAUUAACCCUUCCACUGUGAGUUCCUGAGACCCUAGAGAAGUAGAUUUCCUCGACCUGCUGACGUUCAGGGCUUUUAUAUUUGACCUUCAGUUACCUGUGUGUCCCAGGUGGACUUAGGAGACAUUCCUGUAGGACCUUAGAGACGUUAGAGAGUGAAAUCCACUGAAACCACUUGAGCUCAGACUGUUAAACUAAACUCCCGUCAGGCCGUUAGCUUUCGCUCAGGGACAAAAAGAUUUCUUUGAUUUGAAUGAAUAUUAUUUUCUGACAGCAGCUGUUUCAUGCAGUUUGAGGUUGCAUUUAGUCUGUGUUCUCCGUUAGAGCAGAAACACUGCCUCAAACCAUUCGUUAAUUAGCCUUAAAGGGACAGACCCACAUUUAGAAGGGGGGGGGUAAUUAAUUCAUCCACAUCAAUAUUUGGUGUCACCACUUAGCAUAAAGACAUGAAUGACUGAGGUGUAGAUGAUAAAUGUGGUGCUGUCCCUUUAAGAGGCAGGCCACGCGAAUGUGGAUUUUGUAGUUGUUUGUAGUUUUUGACUGCAAUGUUUUCCUGCUUUAGGCUGCUUUAUGUUUGACACGUUGUUCUUCUGUGGUGUUAGUGUGACUGCUGCAGCUCAGUCUGUGUGUGUGUGUGUGUGUGUGUGUGUGUGUGUGGAGGUCAGCUGUACACUACACUGGAGCCGCUGCAUAUUUAUUUAGUUCUGCCUUCGUUGUCUUUAUUUAUGACUGAUAGAAGCUUCCUGGUGCUGUUUGUUGUUCUGGAAUAAUAAAUAAACUUUUAUAACCA